AUGCCAGUGGUCCAGGAUUAUUACCCUUCUGGGUUCAUACCCUUUGUUCAAGAUUUACCGGCGCAGUAUUUUGUCGUCCUUGGACUAUUCACAUCCCUCUUGGUGGUUUCCAACUGGACCACAAUCAAGCGCACACUAAGAAAGUUCUGGUUAAGGCGCCAAGGGUAUUUCCAGGACAAUGAAGGGAGACCAAUUCCCGAGCUGAAGGGGGAGACACGGUUCUCCCGUUUCAGCCACGGUUACGAGCUGUCUUUGCAGGGAGCCAAGACGGCCGAACGUAGGCCUUAUAUGAUCUGGAAUGGGACGAGCCCGGAGGUCGUCUUGACCCAAGCAGAGCAUGUGAGGGAGUUCUACAGCAAACGGUCACAAGAGCACUUUAAGCCCGAAAAUGCCAGCAUGGGUCACUACUUUGGUCGGGUCAUGGGCGUUUGCGCUGGUGUUCAGAACGGCGCCGUCUGGAAGAACAUUCGCAAAGUGUUUGAUCCCUACUUCAGCUACAAGUCUGCUCAGGGCUUCUCUGAGAUCUAUGCCGCCGAGUUCAAGAAAUGGAUGGACGACUUGUCGGCGGGCCGCGAGUCUGACUUUGUUGCCGAGGCGACAACCAUCUGUACCGUCCUCCCUUUCAAGCUGAUUGCCUUGGCGUGUUACGGGCCGGCCCUUGACGGACAAGGUACGCAUGAUGGAUUCGAGCGAAGCGGGCUGUACAACGCUUUGCCCACUGCUUCCAAAAAGGAUAUGGAUACGUUUGAAGCCGAUUGGAAGAAAUUCAACUUCUUCAUGAUGCGUGAAUCUGAGGAGAAACAACUCCCGUGCCCCAUCCGGGAGAUGUACAAGGAUGUCCUCGCCGGUACCAUUACCGAAGCCAACUGGCUCCAAACCAUCGACGAGAUCCUCUUCACCAACUUGGACGUAACCUCGGCCAUCCUCGCCUUCCUCCUCAUCAACCUCGGCAUCAACCAGCCCGUCCAGAGCGAACUCCGCUCGGAAAUCACCCGAAGCCUCGCCACCCCCAUAGCCGCCCCUGGCAUCGACUCGAGCCCCAUCGAAGAAUACAUCCGCAAGACCGACACCCUCCUCCGAAUACACCUGCCUCGAGUUCCGGCCGCCUGUGCCCCGCGGGUGUGGUUCACGCUGCCCGAGUACGUCGGCCGCCGACCCUCGACAUUGGCGGGCUACCGCAUUCAAGGCCUGGCACCCUGCCUGCAUCAUUGA